UACAUUGUUUUGUUUCAUACCAACCAACAUCUCUCGUUGUUCGUUCUGAUUCUCUGUUCCCUUUUGAUUCCAAUGGCAACAAAAGAACCAUUGAUAAUCAGAGACAAAACCCAGAUGACAAAAUGGUCAAGAACAAUGAGAUCUCAAUCCAAACUCAUUGCUCUUGUUCCUACCAUGGGUUACCUUCAUCAAGGUCAUCUUUCUCUCAUCACAGAAGCUCACAAACAUGCCAAUGUUGUUGCAGUUUCAAUCUAUGUAAACCCAGGUCAGUUUUCACCAAAUGAAGAUCUUUCAACUUACCCUUCUGAUUUUCAAGGUGAUAUUCAAAAGCUUAUGUCUGUUCCUGGUGGUGUUGAUGUUGUUUUCAAUCCAAAGAAUUUGUAUGAUUAUGGUGAUAGUGAUAGUGGUGAGGGUGGUGAUGGUGAUGGUGGUGUUGGGGUGGUGUCUUGUAUUGAGAAAAGUGGUUUGGGACAUGAGAGUUGGGUUAGAGUUGAGAAACUUGAAAAGGGUCUUUGUGGGAAGAGUAGGCCUAUUUUCUUUAGAGGGGUUGCUACUAUUGUUACUAAGUUGUUUAAUAUUGUUGAACCUGAUUUUGCUUUCUUUGGGAAAAAGGAUUAUCAGCAGUGGAGACUUAUUCAGAGAAUGGUUAGAGAUCUUGAUUUUUCCAUAAAAGUGAUAGGCUGUGAAAUUACAAGGGAAAAUGAUGGCCUGGCAAUGAGUUCACGCAAUGUUCAUCUUUCACCUGAAGAGAGGGAAAAGGCACUAUCAAUAAACAAAUCCUUAUCAAAAGCCAAGUCAGCAGUAGAAGAUGGUCAGGUGCAAUGUGAGAAAUUGAGGAACUUAGUCAUCCAAUGUAUUACUGAAGCUGGAGGAACAAUCGACUAUGCAGAGAUUGUUGAUCAACAUAGUUUAGAGAAAGUGGAACUUAUCAAAGGACCUGUUGUGUUCUGUGUUGCUGCAUUGUUCGGGAAAGUACGGCUUAUAGACAACAUGGAAAUAAACUUGUAAAUGCAUGUCUUAUUCUAAUCUAAUCCAUGCAUGAGAUGCAUUUUACUGCCACACGAAAUUCUAAGAGUGCUGCUACCUAUAUACACACUGGUAGGAAUCAGUGAACUGUUUUUUUUUAAUUUACUUGACAAAAAACUCUUACAUAGAUUAUUUAUAAGAGUUCAACUAUAUGCUGAAUAACAACUCCAUGAAGGAUUGAAGUUUGGUGACUGCAAAAUGUGGAAUGGAAUAAUUAGGACUGAUCUUUGUUGCUAUGGCUUUUGUUCUAGCACAAGCUACUAGGAAUGUGGUCUCUUGUACAAUUGAAGGCAUGGAUGAUAGAAACAUCAUUUUUGUAUGCCGAUUUGUUACUGCAAAUUUUUACAAUUUCGAUCCGAAGAUCAAGUUGGGAUUCAAAAUUUUCAAAUAUAGUUCUGCUUGAAA